AUGUAUAACAAACGGCAAUGCUCUGAAUUCGUGACAAGUUUCGUAUCGCAGUCAAAAUACGUCCUCAACUUAUUGCUUCAGGAUGUUCUCUGGCAUGGAAACGGUACCAAAGCAGGGACGCACGUCGAAUCUGAGGAAAUUUUCGAAAAAUGUUGCGGAGCAAAGGAUCAUAUACCGAAAAAAGAUCCUGGCCACUUCGAUGAUGGUGCCUUCUUCGAUGGUACACACGAAUAUGCGUACUUGAGUGGAGGAAACAAGCCAAUCUUCUCUUCCACCACUUCCGACUUUUCGUUCGAAUUUCGAGCUAAUUCCUCUGACGGCAUACUCUGGUCUGAAUCCGAGUGGCUUGGUUCAGGCAGAAGUGAUUUUCUGAUAAUCCAUCUGAGAAAAGGAAAGGUCAAUGUGGCUGUGAACCUUGGCAAUGACCGGCUGAAGCCUGUGUCGACAAAUAAAUCUGUCGUUCGUGGAAAAUGGCAUCGUGUUGCUGUUGAAAGACGAGAACACAGAACAACAGUGAAUGUAGACGGUAAGCUGACGACGAUAAUCUCAUCCGAGGGAGCGACACAGCUCAACACUAACGGGCUUGUGUAUCUUGGAGGACGUCUCGGCAAUCCGAAGCGAUUCCGGAUAAAAGGAACAUUCGUUGGCUGUAUUAGGCGAGUGAAAAUCAACGGAAUUAGGAUCAACCUGCUGCACGACGUCAUUUCCGCGCAACCACCACUGCGCUGCCAUCCGACACUCGUGUAG